GCGGGAGUAGGGUUUGUUGCGGUAUCGGACUGGUCCGUACUCCUGUCAGUCAAUCUUCCUGUGCCACUGGUCUCUUAGUCAGGUUGAUGGAGAGGACUGGAGUGAGCUAGAGAAACGUUGUGGAGAUGUAGCGAACAACGGAAACAACUUUUUUCACCUUCUCUGGUUUUCUCUAUCGCGCGUUUGACUUUUCUUUUCACAGUUUACUUUUCUUUUCGUGUUUCACGGCGGUUUCACCGCUUUACGGUCCGAGUCGUGUAUCCUUGGCAACGCGAACAACUGUCCAACGAAGUUUGGAUCAAGUGUUGUACCUUAAGGCAGAAAAUAUACUGGUUAUUUACGCGCUUAACUAGCCGAUCUCGCUCCGCUUUGCUUGUGACCGGUUGUGGGAGUAUUUUGAAUGUUUUUUAUUCAUACUUAAUCUGUUUUUUAUUCUAAACCCAGUGUUAAGGGAAAGGGACAGCGCGAGACAAUAGUGUGAGAGAGAGCUCAUGCAGGGGGGGAUCGAUGCCUAGCGGGGGCUUUGUUCUGUCCCGUGUGGAGACCCACCGCGAGCCCGCUGCGGAUAUCGAUUGAUUGGCCCGUGGAUUGAUGAUUGGUUGGUGAUUAAUAAGCGGACUCGGAAGCUGCUGGAGCAAACAUGGAUGUGACUCUGUCCGAGUUACUGGCCACUUUCAUGGAGUCACCGCUGGUGUUGUGGGUGCGAACGUUGGGCCCUCUGGGUUCAUGUGAUGAUGUAGGCUCAGAGGAACGGGUCAACAUGUUCAUGGAACUGGUGGAUGGAGUCUUCCUGCACAAGAUCAUGACGCACAUUGACCCCAGCCCAACCAAUCAGAGGUUGAACAAGAACGUGAACAAUGAUGUGUCGCUUCGCCUUCACAACCUUAGUGUUCUCAUCAGACACAUCAGGAUGUACUACCAGGAGACCUUACAGCAGUUAAUAGUCAUGCCUCUUCCUAACAUCCUCAACAUCGCCAAGGAUCCCUUAUCAGCUAAGAGCAUGGAGGAUUUGAAAAGACUGUUGUUGCUGGUACUAGGCUGUGCUGUCCAGUGUGAGCGUAAAGAGGAGAUGAUAGAGAAGAUCAAGUUGCUGGACAUUGAGACCCAAGCUGCUAUUGUCUCUCACAUCCAGGAGGUGACUCAUAACCAGCUGAAUGUUCUUGAUCUGUCCUGGCUGGAGGAGGGAUCGGAGCUCACACAUGAUGAACUGGAACCUCUGUCCCGCAACAUGGCCAUGUCGCUACAGCAACUGAUUGACCAGAGAGACAAAGCCUGUGAGGUGAUUGUGGACUUGACCCAGGAGAGGGACUACUUGUCCAGUCAGCAGACCCAGGAAGGGUGCAGGAACUUGGGCAUAAGCAGCCCAAAGCGUGGGCAGAGUUCUGAAGGUGUGGGAGUAAAUAACUGUGAAUUGGCAGUGACUGUGUCCGGGCUGACCAAAGAAGAGAAGCAGCAUCUAUCCGUGGAGCUCGCUGAUACCAAGGCCAAGCUCCGCAGAUACAGACAGGAACUGGAGGAAAAAACAGAGCAGCUGAUGGACUCGAAACAUGAAGUAGAACGUCUUGAUCAGGAGUUGCAGAGACUGAAACAAGAGAACCAAUCGCUGUCUUGUGAGGCUCGUUCAGUCAGAGUGUACCGGGACGAGGUAGACUCACUGAGGGAAAGAGCAGCCCGGGUCGACCGACUGGAGACUGAACUGAGCAGAUGUAAAGAGAAACUCAAUGAUGUUCACUUCUACAAGACCAGAGUGGAGGAGCUUCGCGAGGACAACUUGACUCUGAUGGAGACAAAGGUGCUGUUGGAAGAGCAGCUGUCAGCUUCCAGGGGACGCUGUGAUAAACUGCACACGUUGGAGAAAGACAACCUUUUACUACGAGCCAAAAUACAUGACCUGGAAAUGGAGAGGGACAAUGAACGUCGAAGGCUGGAGGAGCUAGUGGAGGAGAACAUGCUGCUGGAGAUCGGACAGAAACAAAGCAUGAAUGAGUCGGCUCAUCUAGGCUGGGAGCUGGAACAGCUGACCAAGAACCAUGACAACACUAACACAGAGACUCAUAAGUCGUUGGUCCAUGAGUUGAAUGAGUGUGUUUCCAGCCGAGUGUUGAAGCUGGAGAAGGAGAACCGGGAGCUUCAGACCUCUAUAGAGAGAUUGAAAGAGGAGAACCACCUCCUGCAGGAGCAACAGCUCCACACCCAGGAGCUGGACAGGGAGAACCAAAGUCUCAGCAAGAAGCUGGAGCGUCUCCAGGGUUUAUUAGAUCAGGAGAGACUGACCAAUCAGGACAUGGAGUCUCUGGGAGAAGAAAUAUUGAAGGAAAAACAGAGUCUGGAGAGAGAAAUGCACACUCUGAGGGCAGAGAAAGACAGACAGAUCUCAGAGUUGGAGAGUGAGAAGCAGCACCUGUCCGAUGCGGUGGCGUCCCUUCAGGAUCGUGCUCAGUCUCACAACGAGGCGAGGGUCCGCGAGGUGGAAGCCGAAAACUGCCUGCUCCACCAGAGCAUCACUGACACCAGCUCUCGAUUGGCCAGCUUAGAAACUCAACUCAAACUAGCCAGUGAGGAUGCAGAUAGGCUGAGGGAGAGGGCGGGAAGAUGUGAAGAGGUGGAGAGAGAGGUGGCAAGACUGGAGAGAAGCAGGGAUGCUCUGAACAGAGAGGUGGCCUCCUUGCGUGCUUGCAGCGAGCGGUCAGAAACUCUAGAGAAGCAGGUCUCCUCUCUGGAGCAGGAGAUCCACAGGCUAAAGCGGGAGGCAGAGGAGGCCCAGCGGGAGCUGCAGAGACUGGGGAGGCACGAGGCUGAGAGUAGCCUGCUUUCCAAGGAAAACCUGGACCUGCGCUGCUCCCUGGAAAACCUGCGUUCUUCAUGCACCCGUCUGGCCACCUUACAGGAGGAGCAUAAAGAGGCACAGAGAGAGACACAGGAGCUGCAGAGGAGGAUGGAGGAGGCCAGAGAGGAGGCACAAGCAGAGAGGAAGAGGGUAGAGAGGGUAGAGCUGAAUGUGGCAGCUCUGAACCAGGACAAGCAUCACUUAGAGGAGGAAAUACAAAGGAGCAAAGAGGAGAGGGAAGAGCUAGAAAGAGAAAAGCAGGAGGCGCAGGCCAGAGAAGAAGAACUGAGACGGGAAGUCGAAGAACUGAGAGAGGAACAGAGGAGGAAGGAGGAAAUUGACAAGGAGAGGAAGAAGCUCCAGUUGGACCUGGAGCAGUCAGAGAAGGGCAGGAAGCAUUUGGAGAAGGAGAGCUGGAGGAUCAGAACACUGCUGGAGGGUAAAGAGACAGAGCUGGAGGAGAAAGCCAGGCGACUGGCUACUGUGGAGAAAGAGAGCACGGCUGUGAAUAAGGAAGUGGAUAGGCUGAAGGAGGUGGCUGUCAAAGCCAAGGAGUUGGAGAGGGAGAACAAGGAGCUGCAAAAACAGGCGACCAUUGACAAGAGGACUCUAGCUACUCUGAGAGAGGAGCUGGUGACAGAGAAGCUGAGCGUUCAGCAGCAGCGUGUUGACUUAGAAAGGCUCAACGAGGAACUGGAGAAGAUUGGACUGAACAGAGAAAAACUGCUGCAGCAGGAGCACACACUGGAGGACAGCAGGUAUAGGCUGCUGGAGUCUCGGCUGGAGGAAACUGUCCAACAGACAAUGAAGGUUAAAGAGGAGAAAAUUUCCUCUCUAGAAAAGAAAGUAGAAGAGAGCGACACACUCAACGCUACACUACGUGCCGAACUAGCAGCUGCUCGUCAGACAUUGUCUGUCUUGCGACAACAACAGAAGGAGGAAGAAAACUACAACUCUCAGCAGUGCUCAGGGAGUGACCAGGUUCAAGGGUCAGCCACUGCUGAACUGCUACGAAUCAAAGAUCAUCUUAUUGAUGUAGAAAAGAAUAACGCCUCAUUGCAGACAGAGAGCAGUUUGUUGAAGGAGCAGCUCAAACAGCUUGAGAACCAGAACACAUCUCUUAACAACCAGAUGGUGGCACUGCAGCGACACACCACCACCUUGCAGGAACAGAAUUCAGCCUUACAUACACAGACAGCAAAACUACAGGUCGAGAACUCCACGCUUUCCUCCCAGAGUGCAUCUCUCAUGGCCCAGAAUGCUGUGCUGCAGGGCCAAGUCAGCGCCUUGGAGACGGAGGUUGAGUCAUGGCAGCGACAGCGUGAGGAGGCGUGGCGGGGCAGAGAAAACGUGCUCAGCGACCAUGAACGGCUGCUGAACGUUCACGAGAGGCAAGCGCACGAGUACGAGCAGCUAAUCAGUCAGCACACUACACUGAAAGGCAAGCAGAGGGCGCUAGAGAGUGAACACAGGACGCUGCAGAACAAGUAUUUUAUUUUGGCGCAGCAGAAGGAGAAAUGGGAGGAGCAGGAGGGGCGUGGUCGGAAAGAGAAGGAGGAAUUAAACCAGCAGAUCCAGAAGAAUCGACUAAUACAGCAGGAGAAUCUGCAGCUCAAAACAGAUGUGGACAGAUUAACAGAGAGCCAAACACAGCAGUCAGAGCAAAGUGAAGGGCUUCAGCACCGCCUAAAUGAACUCAAGACCUCAUUAAGCUCCGCCCAGCUGGAAGUGAGUCGAUGGAUGGCAAGAUAUGACACUCUGAUGGAGCAACACCAGGGCCUGGAUCUAACUAUGACCAAACUGGACAACCACUGUGAGCUGUUGAGUCGACUGAAGGGGAACCUGGAAGAGGAGAACCACCACCUCCUAAGUCAGAUCAACCUGCUGAGUCAGCAGAACCACGCUCUGCUGGAGAGGAGCAUGGAGAGCAAAGAGCUGUAUCACCAGGAGCAGAAACUAUACAUUGAUAAGCUGAACGCUCUUCGUCGUCAGAAAGAGAAACUGGAGGAGAAGAUCAUGGACCAGUACAAGUUCUAUGACCCCACACCUAAAAAGAGGAGUCAGUGGUCUGGAGCCAAAGCUUUAGCCAAACUGAUUAAACCUCGAAAGGAGAGCAGCAGGGAGAGAGUGGGCGAUCGAGACAAGGAAGGAAGCAAGGAGAGAGAACGAGCGAAGAGCGCUCCGGAUAUCCCACUACCUGCCCCGCCUCCCCUCCUCCCCCCUGAAACUCCACCCCCACUGCCCCAGAGAACGGCAAGUGACACGCAGGACAGCGGCCAUGCCCACAGUAACCAUAACAACCACAGCACCAGCCCCAGCCUGGGACCGCAGAGUCCUGCACUCACACCCAUCAGCCGAGGUUUGACCGACAGGAACCGGGGUGUUUAUCGUAGCAGUACUCCAGGAGGCAGCAGUGAGAGCAUCAAUGGAGAAGACGGACAAGGUCAGACCGUUAAGGCUAUGAGUUCCACUCCAAGCCAUCAGUCAUCCUCACUGGGCCUGACCAACAGCUCCAGUUCCAGACUGGGACAAGGCCCUGGCCGCAGGACCAGAGGUCUGUUAUUUGAUGAAGACUCUCGCCACAACACCACUGACUCCGUGUUUGGUCACCAUGGCAACACGGGAGGUCGCCCAGGGUCGGCAGACUUCAGCCACAACACCUCCAGCUCCAAUUCACCUGUCAACUGCAGAGACUCAUCGGAUCGUCAGGCUCGCUCAGCCAGCCUCUCUAGUGAUGAUGUCAUGGGUCUCAGCCAGUCACAACAGACUCUGUCACGUAGCUCCACUCUUCCAUACGACCACAUACCCCAGAGGGCCCAGCCACAGCGUGGAGCCGGUGUCAGAACUAAGACCCGCACAUCUUCUCCCGGAAGUGAGAUGGUGACACUGGAAGAGUUCCUACAAGAGAGCAACAUACAGUCACCUCCUAUGGUGUCUACAGGAAGCAGGGAGGACUUGAUGACAGACUAUUUCACCAGAAGUCCCGCCCCCUCCGCACCAGCUACCAGAGACCAGGUGACCCCCACCAGCUACGUCACACCCACUGUACAGUCAUCCAACCAGAGACCAGGUCAAAGUGUCAAGCCCUCACCCCGCCAGCCUGUAGGCCAGUCCCCUGCCUCAGGCCAGCCCGUCACCCAGAGAACCGGCCAAUCACUGAGCAGGGCUUUCAGCCUGGCAUCAGCUGAUUUGCUGCGCUCCAAUGGCCCAGAUGGUUUCCGUGGGAAUGAAGGCCAAUCAGAUGUGGUUGUUCGUAGACAAGGGGGAGGGGCUAACGGGAGAGAGCGACCUCUCUCUGCUCGUCUGACUGGUUCAACCAAUCAGCAUGGAGAUAGCGGCUUCCUCAACCCACCAAUUCAUCAUUCGUCUUCCCUCAACUUGCAAACAGAGAGAUAUGCAGAAAGAGAAAAAGAGCGAGGGAGGACUGCCGCAUCUCGAAACGGCCCCUCCUCAUCCUCCUCCUACCACCACCGUGGAGAGGUCGCCAUGGUAAGCCCCGUCAGGGCCGUGUCCGCCACACGGCCCGAUGAAGUCUCAGAGCAUGGGGAGGUGUCAAGGGAGGGGCGGUCAGGUGACUCCUUCCACCUAAAGAAAGAAAGUGAGAGGGCAAGGUGUGGCUCCGUCGAACGGCCAAAAAGCACGCCAGCUUCCCCAGACCCCAACAACGACCCCCAGACUGUGUGGUAUGAGUACGGCUGCGUCUAAACACCGUCAAACUGCAGUCUGCUCGAGCUCAACACUGGAGCUUUAUGGCCUGAGACACCAGUAAUCAGCCUCUGGCCUCUGGUCUCUGUUUUCUGGAUAAAUAACUCUUGGAAGUCUACGGUUAAGCUUUGCUGAAAGGCGACUUCAAUUAGAGAAGCCAGAGUUUGAAACAUCUGGGUGUUCUGAGUUCACUUUGUAUUUUCUGAGACAAACUUUUGUAGAUGAACAAGCAAAUUUGAUUCCAGACGCCACCUGCCAAUAGGAGUCGCCAGGGAUUACAGCAACACACAAACAAUCACCUCAGUGACAUCUCAGUUCCUGUAGGUUUGAGCUCAUUACUGGUCUUUUUAUGGAUGUAACUUUAACACCACAACACUAGAGAUGAUCUCUUAGAAUGCUGGAAUUCAUUGGACCUGCUGUUUUAUGAUCAACAUGUUCACUGUGAUUCAGCAAGCAGCCUGAGCCCACAGGAGGGUUUCGUCCAGUGGCAAAGGAGCGACCAAAAUAACUUGUUUUUUGUUGCCGUUACUCGCUGUUUGAAAAAUGAAUUGUGGCGAGAUGAUCCAGAUGUUGAUUUGUGUGCUGAUUUUAACAAAUACCGAACCGGAGAUGCAAGCUGAGAUGCCUCGUUUGAGAAUCCAUAACACUUAAGGCCUACAGGAACAGGGGACAUGCCACAUGCAUUGUUGUGGAGCAGAAUACUAAGGAGGGGCUCAGUCUAUGAGCUGGAAAUGGGACUGCUGAUCAACACACUGGCCCCGCUUAUCUGUUCACCCGAACACCACCAAUUCUACAAACCUGUAUGCCGUCACGAGAGGGGUGACUGAACUUAAGUGAUGGCAACCAGAAGCACCGGAGCGAUUGAAUGUAUCAGAUUUCUCCUCCUUUUUGUGUCCUUUUCCUCCUCCGUUAUCAAAAACAAACACUGGAAAAGAUGAGAGAGAGGAGGCAAGGAAACAGAUGAAUUCAAGCAAAGAGGCCCGACGCACGUUAAAGAGAAAGGAGAACAGAGAGUGACAGUAGAUGGAGGGAUACUGAGACAAGAGACAGAUGGAGAGACCGAUAUAGUGACGGGAGGACACAUAGAUAAACAGGACGGAGAUGGAGGGACUCCUCCCAGUUAAAUUACAGUCUUUCUCCCUCCAUCUUUAGAUUCUGUCCCAGCAUGCAACACUCUGACACUUUACUGGAAAUGUUGCUUGACCCGAGCCGACACUAGUUUCACAAACACACACGCAUACAGACACACAUAAAUAUAAUGAUAUAUACAGACACAGAGGCAUUGUCCUUGAGGGAGUUGGUUGUGGCUUUGCUAAACCAUUGAGCUGGACUUAAUUCACACACACACAAACACAUACACCACUGUGUAAACCCCUGUGUUAUGGUAGGGUGUGCUGCCUGCUGCACGCUAAGUUAGCCAGACAGUUGUAAGCACUGCACAACAGGGAGAGAGAGGGAAAGAGAGAUAAUCAGGCUGAAUCCAGACCCACUAGUGAAAUAGUCUGCACCUCCACCAAGGCCAACAGUCAACUCCUCUGUGAUGUGCAAAUCUGCACAUCUGGAUUAGAAUUACAUCAAAAUGCGGUAGUGCAUAGCUUAAGUGUCAGCAUCACUUCUCAGUCACUGGAUUGAAUACCACUGCAUUACCAUUAAGACCGCAGACUUACAGAAGGUAAAAUACACACAGAAAAGAGGGAGAGGGCGAUGAGGAGGUGGGAGAAGUAAAUCAGAAUAUUCCUUGGCAAAAAAAGAAAACAUGAGCACGAUGCCGAUGAACUGACCCUUCGUCUGCACUGCUGUUUGUGAGACCAAACCUGUCCUCCCUGCAUUAUUAAUGACUGACAGCAAAGGCAUUCCUAAAAGCACUAGAAGCACUAGAGUGAUGAUGAGAAGGAGAAGAAGGAGGAAGAUGUAACACUGAUGUUGAGAAGAUGAAGAUUUGACUGGAAUCCAUCAUUAAACUUUCUUCAAUGUCAAUAUGCAGCAAGUUAAAUUAUUCUACCUGUAACAUUUGUACAUUAGAUUUUAUAAACUGGUCAAAUAGCAGAAAACUUGGGAUACUUUUUGUUAAAUCUUUUGGGAUUUGACCUUGAAAAUGUUUGUUUAUACCAAAAACCCCAAUCCAGAUCAAUGCUUGUAAACUGCUAAAAACUCUGUAUUUCCACUGUAAAACUUUGUAAAAGAUUGUUUUUAAAUACUUUAAAAAUGAUAGUAGCGAGCUCAUGCUAGCAGGUGAAGUCAGAUGAUGUGAAACGCUGCAGGGCGAUGCUGUCAGCAGUUUUGUUUUGGAGUUGGUUGGGUUCCCUUUGUUUAUGUCUGCACUUAAAGCAUCUCUGCAUGAUUAGUUUCCAAAGCCUUCAGGAUGUUUCUGUGUGUGUGUGUGAGAGAGAGAGAGAGUCAGUGUAUAUCUGUGGGGGGUGGGGGGGGGGGGUUCAGUUUGCUGAUGUCAGAAGAAAAUAAUAUUGCAUUCCCAGAAACAAUUUUUCUUUUAUUGCAAAGCCAUCACACACAUGCUUGAUUAUUACUAUGCUGUUGGCUUUCUGAGAAGCGUGUGUAUGUUAGAAUCCUGUGUGUGUGUCAGUCUGUUCGUCUGUCCCGUUGUCCCAUGAUUCUCUUCUUAACUCACCAGUUUGAAGGACUGUUGUUCCUAUUGGUCAACUCAUCUGCUCCAUGUGGGGAGCACCAAUACCAAAAUCACCAGCAUGACACUGGUGCUUCACGCUCAGAGAACCAACAGAUUCGAUUUCCUUGAAACUUGGUGUCCUGCGUCUGUGGGUUGCACUCUCUCUGGUGCUAAGACCCACGGAUGACAGCAAAGGACGCGUCACAUGAGAGAAGUGAAAGCAGAUUGACGUCACUGAUAUUUCCUGCUGUAACUGGAAGAACUGCUACUAUAGUUCACUUUAUGACUUUCUGACUGCUAUGCUGUGAUGUGACUACUGUUAAAAGGCUACUAGAUUGAGUAGAAGAUGAAGUUGAUGUUAUUACGGCCGCAAGCUUUUUGGUAAUAAAGAUUUCUAAACUGAU